AUGCCGCUGUCUUCCUCUCACGUCGAUGACAACACCGUCAUCUGGGGGACCCCGCGUCGACUGGGGGCUAGUCCCCAUCCCGCGGCGUCUGCGAUACGACCCGGCACGGCCGUUCGUUUUCACGACGCUGCUGAACGUCCUGUUUGGCUUCGCCGCGACGUUCAUCGUCGCGAAUUUGUACUACUGUCAGCCUCUGCUCAAUAUGCGACAGGCAUCAUAUUCAUCUCGCCCCUUGGCGAUCUCGUCCGCCGGCGCCAGCUGAUCCUGACGCUCGCCGUCCUCUCCUCGAGUCUCACCGUGGGGCUAGCCGUGACGAACAACAUCGCCGUGUUCGAGGCGCUGUCGUUCCUCAUCGGCGUGGUCUCGGUCACGCCGCAGAUCAUGAUUCCUCUCGCGGCUGAUUUGGCUCCGCCAGAACGACGGGCGUCGGCGCUGUCUAUCGUCUAUUCCGGCUUGCUUUUUGGGAUCCUCGUCGCACGGGUCAUUGCCGGAAUUAUUGGCCAAUACACUUCGUGGCGGGUGGUGUACUACCUCGCCAUCGGCGUCCAAGUUUUCGUCCUCCUUGCCGGAUACCUCAUCAUCCCCGACUACCCCUCCAAAAAUACUGAUCUUACGUACUUCAAAACUCUCUCCUCCAUGGCCCGCUUCGCGUUCACCGAGCCGAUCCUCGUCCAGGCAUGCCUCGUCAACCUCGCGUCCUGCGCGUGCUUCACCAACUUCUGGGUCACGCUCACCUUCCUGCUCGGCGGCGCGCCGUACUUCUACUCGACGCUCGCGAUCGGGCUGUUCGGCCUCAUCGGUAUCCUGAGCGUUGCGUGCGGGCCGCUGUUUGGGAGGCUGAUCGACGGGCUGGUGCCUUGGUAUGCGUCGAUGUGCUCGAUUGUUCUGUUGUUGUCGUUCCAGGCAAUACAGACAGCUGCGGGGACGAUGAGUGUGGCGGUGGUCGUCGUGGCUAUCAUUGGUCUUGACAUGUUCCGCCAGUCUCUGCAAAUGUCGUUGGCCGCUGCCGUCUUCGAAAUCUCGACGGCUGCGAGAGCGAGGUUGAACGCCCUGUUCGUGCUGUCGCUGUUCAUCGGGCAACUCAUGGGCACUGCCGCGGGCACCAAGGUCUACACCACAUACGGCUGGCGCGCAGCCGCUGCCCUCAACAUGGGCUUUUACGGCUGGAUCCUGAUCAUCCUGCUCGUCCGCGGUCCGCACUGUGCGCGCUUCACGUGGUUCGGCUACGAAGGGGGAUGGGCGGUCAAGAGGGUCAAGCCUCCCGUUGGUGACGAUGAAAAGAAAAGUGGUGAAAGUACCGUGAGGGAGGCGGAGGCGGAUGAGGCGGGUCCCCAUAAAAGCGAUUCCCUCAGAGAAUCCGCUUGACGUGUAUUUCUUUGCGGAUUUUUACCGCAGUAGGACCAAGUACAGAUGAGGCGAAGAUUACGUCCGUCGAUCAAUGCGAUAUUGUAGACGCAGUCAACCUGGCUUGCUAGAGCCGCUUGAACGCGUUACUUCCUGAUUUGAAGUGCCUAGCAGUGCUCGAUUGUGCCUUUUCGACUGCUAGCCUCCAAUUCGGCCCGCAGUGCGAUAGGAUGAUUCCUGGGAAUGCGCAAAUGGGAGAGUCCUCAGAGUAUUAGGUUCUUUGGCGUAUAAGUGCUCAGCCGGUCUCCUGGAGACCAGCGACGGCGUUGUCUUUUGCAAUUAGUCGAAUGCUUGUCCCCUCGAAUGAUGGC